GGGUCACUUUAACCAGGAACCACAUGGAUUUUGACAUCUGCACAGAUCAGAAUAGGUUCCUUUUCAUUUGUGAUGAUAAUCGGUUCAAAGUGGAAAUGGAUGGAACAAUUAAAGUGAAGCAUGACAUUAAAUUGCACCAUGGACGUAUAAGCUUUUCCAUUCAUGGAUGGCAUUCAGUGGGCAAAAAAAUGACCAGCCUUGUCACUGUGGAAUACCAAAGACCCCAUCACACAGGACAUGAAAUGAAUGGUCAGACAGAAUCUCAAAAUAUUCAGAUGUUUCCUCAUCCUUCUUCUGGCCUUAAAAGACACAAGAGAUGGGUGAUUAAGCCCAUUUUUAUUCAUGAAAAUCUAGGGGGACCAUUUCCCAAAGAAGUGAAGCAGGUGAAAUCCAGCAUGUGGAAUGAAUCCUUUAUACACUAUAGCAUAACUGGAGAAGGUGCUGAUUUGCCCCCAGUAGGACUAUUUAUAAUUGACAGAGACAGUGGCAUGAUACUAGUAACUGGACCCCUGGACCGAGAAAAGCAGUCUAAAUAUUUGCUUACUGUACAUGCUAAUUUAAGAAAUGGGACUUCAGCAGAGAAACCUUUGAAAAUUAGUAUAAUUGUGAAGGAUGAAAAUGACAACAAACCUGAAUUUAUCAGCAACACCUUAGUAGGAAAUGUAAGCGAAGGAUCAUAUCCAGGUACAUCGGUUAUGACUGUAACCGCUACUGAUAAAGAUGAUCCUACUACAGACAAUGGUAUGUUUAAGUUUUCAAUUCUGAGCCAGACCCCACCUGUUCCCUACCCAGAAAUGUUUGCCAUUGACCAAGAUACUGGGACCAUUCGUGUCAUCUCAGCUGGACUGGAUAGAGAGAAACUGAGUGAAUAUACAUUAAUAAUCAAAGUUGCAGAUAAGGAAGGAACUGGACUCUCAAAUACUGCUACUGCUUCCAUCACUGUUCUGGACCAAAAUGACAAUGCUCCACAGUUUAAAUCCAACAAUUGUAAGUGUUAUAUUCAGAAUGUACCAGAAAAUGCUGUGGACUUUGAGGUUGUGAGACUGAUAGUGACCGAUGACGAUGAACCCCACACACCAACUUGGAAUGCCAAAUACCGGAUUGUUAAAGGGAAUGAUGGAGGCAAAUUUGGUAUUACUACAGAUCCAGAUAGUAAUGAUGGAAUUGUUAAAACUAUUAAGGGUCUUGAUUUUGAAGCCAAGCAACAAUAUAUACUUCUCAUCACAGUUGGAAAUGAGGUUCCAUUUUCCACUUCUUCACCAACUUCCACAGCCACACUUGUAGUGACAGUAGAGGAUGUCAAUGAGGCUCCAAUUUUUAGCCCACCAACGCUGUCUGUUCCUGUUAAAGAAGAUGUGCCUUUGAACACUUUCAUAGCAACUUACCAAGCAAAAGACCCAGACAUAGAAAUGAAGCAGACGGUAUCAUACUAUAUUGAUAAUGAUCCUGCAGGAUGGCUGAAUGUGGAUAAAGAAUCUGGAACUAUUACUGUCAAGCAAGCUAUGGAUAGAGAGAGUCUAUUUGUGAAAAAUGAUAAAUAUACGUCACUCAUAUAUGCUUAUGAUAAUGGUAAUAUUUCCUUCCUAUUGUCAGAAUAA